AUGCAGAAUCAGCUUAACAAGACCGAAACGCAAGCCAUCUCGUCUGCACAGAGUCUGGCAUCGGUACAGACGUUGUUAAAGGCAGGAUUAGGAUGCAUAACUUUCAUGAGGGAUCUUCUUCCUCAUGACAACUUUUCAGAAAGUCAUUUCGUCACGUCGGAAGAGAGCGCCUCACAAGACUCGUCGGGAAGUUUCUCGUCGCUUGACCUGCAGAAGAAACGAAAUGUCAACAGUUUCAAAAUUAUGACAAUGACAAGAGGGUAUACCGAUGAGGCUGAUAGAUUGCUGAACUAUUUAGAAUACGGAGUGUUCGAUGCCCUUCAGAAGCAGUACCUGCGUACUUUCAUCUUUGCUGUUUACCUCGAUAAUAAGGAUCCCAACAAUAUCAUCGAAGCAUACACGUUCAACUUUCAGUACCAUAAACUUCCCGGAACCGAUACCACUGUUCCCGUCAUGACGCUUGGCGACGAUACAAAGCGCACACCACUCAGAGGGUUUAAUACUAGAAAGAAAGAUCCUGUUGCCGAGGCAGUGAGUAAAGGGAAGUUACCCACCCUCAGAGACGUUAAACGGAGUGUCAAGACCCUGUUGAAGACCUUAAUUACGUCGAUGACACAAAUGGAUGUUCUCCCAAAGCGCCGUUUCGCUUCUUUCAAAAUGUUUUACACAGACGACACCCCUUCCGAAUACGAGCCUCCUCAUUUCAUAGCUGCGGACGCGGAGAAGGAUAAGUGGUUUUUCAUGACUCAUGACAUGGACGAGAUACCAGAUAAAUGGAGCGUUGGAAAGGUCGAUACUGGUCACCAUGCUGUGAAUGUCAGCGUAACUUCUAUUGCCACCUACCUUCCUUCUUCGACCGAAUACGACAAUGCACCGUUUACUGGAACUACAACGCGCUGCGCGACUGCGCCUAGCCUGUCUCCCAUUGAAGAGGCAUCACUACGUAUGGAGCAGGCAGCAAAGCAGAAAGAGGACGCUGAAAAUAGGAACAUUGUUUGGUCGACGGAGGAUGUAAUGUGUGAGGAAGACGCAGACGGAGAGAACGAGGCUGAUUUCGUGCAGCAGCCUGAUGGUACAUAUGUGCUCGCUGGAAUGGCCCAACAAGACGCGAAGCCUGUACCAAUAGGUCUCAGAACGGAAGACGGCUGCAUUGAGCCGAUACCAGCGGAGAUGAUGCCUGUUGAUGAGGAAAUAUUUGGUGGAUCAACCCAGACUGUGCCGACGCGUCUGAAUGAUAUGCUCACGAAGAAAACUACGGACGUCGUUAUGAUCGAUGAGACGCAGCCUGUGGACGACCACACCCCCAAAUCUGGAUGUCACUCUUUGAGCAGGGAUGGAUCUACCUCCAUUCGGCCCCGGGACGGUUUACUUGACUUCUCCCCAACACAGCCUUGUCUCGUUUCAAGAUUAACGACACCUUCUCCUGAGUCGCCACUGCCCGGCGCCUCUGAUAACGACGAUAUAGACACACAACUGUUGCAAAAGUUGGUCUUGAGUGCCAAUAACGGGGACGAUACCGAGAUGCUAGAUAUGGAGACCCAGGCGAUGGACUAUUGCCAUCCCUCGGAGAGUAUACAAUCAUACGGGAUAAGUAAUCAAAGCGUCCCCGAGAUUAUCGAUGCCGAUAUUGCAACACCAAGGCAGGAGAGAAAGGUUAAACACGAUACCGACGUUGUUGAAUGCGAAUGUGGCGUUUCUCUCGAGGAUGGUUGUUGCUUCUGUGAAGGCGGAUGUGAGCGCUGGUACCAUGUUUGGUGUAUGGGAUAUCAUUCCUCGCAGGACCCACGUCUUCCGGAUAAAUUUGUUUGUUUUGACUGUCGUGUGCGCGCCGACCCGACGUGGGAAAUGAUCAAAAUGGACCUUUUCCCCACGAUGCUGUCCAAAUUCAGAGAACUAGCAUCUUUCAGGCGAGCUAUCAAGAUCACUGAGAAAUUCGAGCCAGAAACUGCUGCUCAGUUCACAAAGCAAAUGGGAUGUGAGAAUAAUCUCGGUAAACAGUUGUUCAAGCGCCUAGAGAUCGAAAACUUCAUAAUCGAGCAUGAGACUGUCGUCGAUGAUAUCGGUUUCACAGAGAGUCGGGCCCGGAACGGUAAAGGUAAAGGCAAGGCGAAAGGAAAGCAAACAAAGACCCGGAGAAACGUCCAAAAGGCGAAAUAUGUCUUCAAUCGCCAAUCAAAACAUACCAAGGAAUACUCGGAUUAUUUCGAUCCAAGCCUCGAAGCGGAGAGUCGCCUCUUAGGUCUCCCGCAAAAGAAACUAAGCGCGAAGCCACGCCCUGGCAUGUCGACAUCAAAGACUCAGCUUGCACCGUUGCCUCCGGCUAAAAUUCUAGUGAACGACACCCAGACUCAGGAUGACAUCGAAACUCAGACGGCGCUGCCCUCGGUAUCUGCUGACAAGUUGAAGCGAACUAAACUUGACGAAGACUCGAGGCCCAGGAAGAGGGUGAAGGUUUCUGUCGCACCUGGUAUCGAUCUGGCGGAGUGACAUGCUGGUUCUUUAGUCUUUGCCUGGUUCUUAUGCUUUGGAAUGCUCUGUACUUGCUGUCUGGUUCACAUCACUCCUAGAGGAAAACCUCGGAGAAAAGUGUAUUGUUGCUGUAUUACCGUCUGUUCAGUCCAGAAUUGUUGAAAUGUAUCGAUAUUAUUGCAAGGG